GAGAAGAGGAGAGAGAGAGAGAGAGAGAGAGAGAGAGAGAGAGAGAGAGAGAGAGAGAGAGAGAGUUUUGCUGCAAGAACAAGAACUGAAGAAAUGGAUGACUCUUGCAGGAGGCCAGGGUCGAUACCGUUCAAGUGGGAGAUCUGCCCGGGGACGCCGAAGCACGCCAGGAGCAGCAGCGCCAGCGUGCCGUCGUCCUACUCCUCCUCCAUCUCCAAGGCGGCGGUGGCGCCGAAGCUGACGCCUCCCCCCUCAAUGGCGCCCUCGCCGUACCACUCCCCACGCGUCUCCUACUACUCCGCGCGCUCGGCGUCGGUGUCGCCGUCCCGGCGCCGCCAGCACCGGCCGACCGCCUUCCUCGACGUCGCGCCUCGCGCGGCUGCUGCUCCUGCCUAUGGCGCCGGCGUCGAAGCCGAGGGGGAGGCGGCGGCGGUGCCAGCGUACAGAUGCUUCCCGCUCCCCGUGUUCCUGAGGAGGGACCGGGACGGCAAGAAGGGUGGUGGCUCAGGCCGCCGGUCAGGGACAUCGAGCUCGUCCAGCAGCAGCUUCGGGUCGGACGGCGCGCCGGCGCAGGGCCGACUGCGGCGGUCGGCGUCGAGCUCCUCGUCGUCGUGCCUGUCGCUAUCGUCCGGGAGGAGUGGUAAGUUCGCCGAGGCGAGGGAGGUGGAGGCUGCCACUGGCUGGUUCUUCUGAGACAUCAGGCAAGAGAACCAAGCAGCUAUGCCGUGCGCCCAUGCCGCCAUUGUUGAAGAGAAAGAGGUGUGUGCGUGUGUGUCAGUGUGCUGAGACAUUGAGGCCCAGCUAGAUCAUGUACUGCUUGGCUGGAGACUAUUUGUGCGCGCGCAAUUUUGUGUACAAAACAGUUCCUCGUUGAUAAUUUCACACGUCAGUUAAAGGAUUAUGCAAUUAACACAAAUUCAGCCAAAA